AAUGGAUGAAUGAAAAUACAAAUAUAAGGCAUUCAGAAGACGCAUUCAAAGAUGGGCGCUGUAGUAUUCUACACUGGUCACUAGGUAUCAGCAGACAGUAGUACUGCCCAGAAAAAAACAAGAAGGAACCCUCCCAGUGGGGUUGAGGUCUAUGUUAUGUCUUAUUUAUGUCUUAUUUUUUAUUAUUAUGUCUGCUAUACUGGGUAAUCUGAGUGGAAAGUUUACUAUAGGGGUGUUAUUUCAUGUCUAGAGGGCUCUAAUAAUGUUAAAAACUGUAAUUAGGGGAUCAUAAACAGGUUUUCUAUGCUCUAAUUACGAAAAUAUUGCAUCCAUAAAUAAGGACUAAUACUUCACAGUAACUUCAUUCACAAUUUGUGUCUUCAGCUGAGAGAAAUAGUAAGAUUAGAUGUAUGACCAGCAUUGCCACCCCUCUCUCUCUUUCUGCUUAGCUGAUUCCACACUCUAAAAAUGUCAUACACGCACACGCGCACACACGUUAGUCAGAGUGGCAGACCUACAUCAGUGUGUCGUCUUGUUUUGUUUUUUUUUCUCCCAUUUUUAACUUGAAGCAGGACUCUUUCACCAGGUAAGUACAAUGUUCUAUUGUGGGGUUUUUUUUACACUUUCGUAUACCUGUAAACCUGACUUUUUAUCAUAACAGCCACCACCAUGUUGAGAAUUAAUUAUAAUGAACGCUUAUAAUCAUAAAAGUAUCAUUAAGGUGAAAAUUCUCCUCUUUUUUUUUUAGGCUCGUGAUGAUUUUUCAUCCAAAAAUAUUGUUUGUCGCUCUGCUGUGCAGCGCUGUCUCUACCACGAUGCGAGCUCCUCCUCUCAGCCUUUGGGGCAAAGUGGCUGAAUUCAACGUGGGCUGCAGCCACUGGAGACUAGAGGACGGGGUCUCCUUCCCCACCUUGAACCAGCUCACUGCUUGCCUGGACCUCAAGUUUAAGGUCACUAUCAAGAGGACAAAAUGAAUUAAAUGUACAGUAUCAGUACAGCAGGAUUUUCCCUUUUAUUUUGUUUAAGUUCAGUGUUAUUUUGCGUGUUUAUUUUUCAACAUCAUCGUAACAACAACACGGGGUACUUUGGUGGCCGUAUAGCCAACCUAAAACGCACCCGGCCGAAAACGAAUCCCAGCCGUCUCUUCCUGUCCACACGUCCGGAAGACAUUUAUUGAAACACACACAAGUACAAGUCUAAUUUGUGUCUUAAACGGCUUAUUUUGUCUGAUUGCAUCAUCUAUUUUGGGUAACAUGUAGCAGUGUUAAGGCACCAGCUAGCGCUCAAUGGACAGCCUUCAUGUACCGCCUUCCUGACACCCAGUGUGUAGGUCUUGGUCUGGGGGGCCGUAGGGAUCGUUUGGUGGUCUGGUUGUUUGGCACAGAGUGGACCACCCUCCCUAUCAGCCUUGCACUAAAAGAGUGGCAUUCGCUAUGCAUGACAUGGUCUCAUACUAAAGACGGGCCCAUGCUUUAUGUCAAUGGGACCGGGAUGGACCUCAUGGCAGUGCAAGACUCUUCACCUUCCUGCUGCAAGCUGGCCCCAAAUGGCACGCUCACCCUGGGUGCCGCCCACAAGCUGGUGGACGGCAACGUCCAGAUCCUUCUGUCCACCAUCCUGAUGGGCACUGUGUCCCUGUUCCGAUUGUGGGCGCAAGAGCGCAGCAGGCAGGAAGUGACGUCACUCAAGUGCACAGAGGGAGACCUGCUGCGGUGGGACAGCCACUUGUGGGACACAAGGGUGUGUGCCCCCAUCCCUGACCCUACGCUCAAGUGUGAGUGGUCCAUUUACACGGUCAACCUGAAGUUCAACAUCAUCCGAUACGACGGCAACAACACAGAGCUCUACACAGCCAGAGACGUUGCACAUCGCUGGCUCAGAGAUGUGCUGCCUUCAAGCAUCUAUUUACACAGGGUGUCCGUCUUUGAAGCAGCCAGAUCCAGCGCAAAAGACGCAAACACGCUGGCAACACUGAGUGAAGAUAAACCGGUACGCGCUACGUCCUCCAGUAUUAACAGGUUUGAUUGCCUGGUCUACGUGAGCGUCAUCCCCUGUGUGGACGUGGCGGCAGUGCAGGACACGAUGCAUGCCAACCUGGGUGCUCCCUAUCAUGGAUUCGGUAGUCUGAUCCAGGUGCUGGCUGACGUAGCUAGCAUACAAACCACGCCUGUUGCCAGUUUCUCCCCCCCUGUGACCACAAGGUCUCCCCCUGUCACAACCUUUACUCUGACGACAUCAGCGCUUACUUCCACCUACACAGAAACAUCCCCAAAUAUCUCAGGUCAGCUGUACUUUGAGGUCAAGGUCAACGUGUCUAUAAGAGGAGAGUGUGAAGCAGAGCAUCUUCUCGCCACAUGGCUCAACAAUACUCUACCUGAUCACACGAUGACGGUGCUCGACCUCCAGCUGCUCCCCAAACAUCACAGACUUAAACGCAGCUCUGGGUCGGACUUGUCAAUUUGGGAUGGGGUUUCUUCAAACAUUGCGUCCAGAGAGAGGUUCAUCUUCCAGGUGGAGGUGAAGAUGUUACCCACCCAUUCCCAGGAAGCAGAAGAUCAGAUUCGAGACCUGCUCCUGUCGCCUUACAACCAAGGCUCCGUCUCCAUAGAGCCAGAAGACGUGCAAAUAUGCCGCAUCCUGAUUGUGACCUGUCAAUCAGAGAGUCAGCAAACAAGAAGAGGUCUCUUUGAGUGGCCCGUCACUCCAGGUGGGAAAAAUGCUUCUCAGCCUUGUCCAAAAAACCCUCAACGGCAUGCGACAAGACACUGUAAACUGAGUCUCAGCACCCAGUGGAUGGCCCCAGACCUGCAAGAGUGCCCUCUAGUGGUGGAGACCAUCCCUGAUCUUGACAUCGUGGAAGUCACUCCAGAUAAUGCCAUGGACGUGGUGGAGAUGAUGCAAGGUUUACUGAAGAACCACUCCAAGCUCAGCUACCGGGAGCUAGACACUGUGCUCAACAAGCUGAAGGACGUGGUGGACGUCAGCGUGGUGACCCCUAUCCUGGGCACGGCAGUCAUCAACACCAUCUCGGAUAUCCUGGAGUCGCCCAGCUUCCUCAUACCCUUCACUAACACGAUUCUGAACAUCACAGAGGCAGUCGGAGACCGCAUGGUGGUACUGGAGAACUCGUCAAGUCUGGUCGCUCCAGCUGUGGUGGUCUCUAUGGUGGAUGUGGUUCCGGGAGAGUUUGCUGGUUUGACAUUUGGAGUGUCUUCUGACGGCAUGGGCUCCAAGCCUGAGAUUUUUCUUAACAGGUUUCCUCUAAAAGACACAGUGGCUUUCAUAGCCUUGCCCUCCAUCUUGCAACACAGCUUCCCGCCCAACCAGAGCCCACCGAGGGUCCAGUUUCAGUUCUACGGCAUUCCGCAACUCUUCAGGGACAACCACAAGAAGCAGAUCCUUAACAGCUUAGUGGUGUCGGCCAGUGUGAGCAACACCACCUCUCAAAUACAAGACCUCCAAGUUGACAUCCAAAUCACGCUGCGCCACCUCCAACCCAGUUAUCCCCACAUGGACACACAGUGUGUGUAUUGGAACUUCAAUAAAAACAACGGACGUGGAGGAUGGGACCCUCGCGGUUGCAGAAAACACAACAGCAGCCUUGACUUCACAACAUGCCUGUGUGAUCAUCUCACACACUUUGGAGUUCUACUGGAUGUUUCCAGGACCCCGGUGGACAAAGCUAAUGAGCACAUUUUGACAAUCAUCACAUACGGUGGAUGUGGAGUCUCCUCACUGUUUUUGGGAAUAACGGUCCUCACGUACACAGCUUUUCACAAGCUCCGUCAAGACUACCCCUCCAAGAUCCUUAUCAACCUCUCGCUGGCCCUGCUGGGUCUGAACCUGGCGUUCCUGCUCGACUCCUGGCUCUCCUCCUGGGGCAUGGACGGCCUCUGCGUGGCCGCCGCAGCAGCGCUCCACUACUUCCUGCUGGCGUCCUUCACCUGGAUGGGACUGGAGGGCGUCAAUAUGUACUUCGCCCUCGUCAAGGUCUUCAACGUCUACGUGCCAGCCUACAUGCUCAAGUUUUGUGCUCUCGGAUGGGGUAUCCCCUUGAUCAUUUGUGUUCUGGUGCUCAUAGUGAACAGAGAGGCCUAUGGCCACCUGUACAACGAUGUUCACACCAGAAUGGAGCCAAUUGCCAACUCUGACAGCUUCUGUUGGUUUCAGGAUGACAUUACCUUCUACGUGUCUGUGGUCGCCUACGCCUUGUUGGUCUUCCUCUUUAAUAUUGCUGUUUUUGUGGUGGUCCUGAUCCAGAUUCGCCACAUGCGGGCCACAAGUCCGUCCGGGACACGUGGAGGACUGAUGCACGACCUCAAGGGGAUUGUCACUCUCACCUUAUUACUAGGACUCACAUGGACUGUGGGUUUUUUUACAUGGGGGCCGGCCCGACUGGUUCUGCUGUACAUGUUCUCUGUACUGAACGCCAUGCAAGGGAUGUUCAUCUUUCUCUUCCACUGUCUGAUGAAGGAAAACGUCAGAAGACAGUGGAGGAUCCAUCUGUGUUUUGGGAAAUUUCUACUUGAAGAGCACUCUGGUACUUUUCCCCCUCUAAUGUCAAUCAACAGGAGAUUGUUGGCACUGAACGUCGGGCUUGUUGUCUUCCAGAGUGGAGCCACUCUGCAUCCGUUGCCAAACCCGCACAAAGGGUACCGUCCGUCCGCUCGGUCAAAUCCAGCUCCACUGACAGCACCUCGGCCUCUUAUGAGUCCAGCCAGAGGGGCUGGUCCUGCAAGAGACCUGACCUUGGUGAGGACCACCACUGAUGUAAAUGCUUUAAGCCUCAAUGGAGGUUUAUGCAGCCCUUAUUUAGAUAUUUAAAUCAAUCCUGCAGGUCUUUUUAUCAAUCCCCUGACUUUUCCACGAGCCCAGACGAGCUAUCCAGGUGUGGGCGCCGUGCCUAACCCCACCACGAGGGUGACAAAACCCGCCCACCCAGCUGUAGGAACCGG